UCCCUGGAAACGUGGACGUCUCGUCAGCCAACUUGUGUUUGAAAACUGAAAAUUUGUAUUUUAUUAGUUCCAAGAGUUGAAAUUGGCUGAGAAAAACUGUCUAUAAUGGCAAAGCCGGUGAAUAGUACUGCAAAAUGCGGAUUCGUCGUUCCGAGAAAUUUUCGUUUGCUGGAAGAACUCGAAGCUGGCCAAAAAGGUGUCGGGGACGGAACAAUUUCAUGGGGUCUUGAAAACGAUGAUGAUAUGACCCUUACUUACUGGACAGGCAUGAUUAUCGGACCCCCAAGGACUCCUUAUGAAAAUAGAAUAUAUUCCUUAAAGAUAGAAUGCGGUCCACGCUAUCCAGAUACUGCUCCAGUUAUUAAAUUUUUAUCCAGAAUCAAUAUUAACUGCAUUAAUCCUCAAAAUGGAAUGAUCAAUAACUUUUCUGUGCCGAUGUUAACAGCUUGGAAUCGUGAAUACACUAUAAAAUCUAUUUUACAAGAGAUUCGUAGAAUCAUGACUCUCAAGGAAAAUUUGAAACUUCCUCAACCACCAGAGGGAAAUUUUUAGUGAUCUUGUUGAAAAAGAAAAUAAAACAAAGGAAAUCUGCAAAAUUUGA